CCUGCAUCUAUCAUCAUCCAUCCACCCAUCCACUCUUGCCCGCCCUUCCGCCUUCUCGUCCUCACGUUUUCCUUCCCCCUUCAAACCAAAAACCUCAUCCGCCCUCGCCCGCCCACCGCUUUGUCGUCACGCACCUCGGGCCCCGCGCCAGCAUUUUCUUAUUCCCAUCUUUGGCAUUUAGCUGCGCGGACUGAGAGGCUCUUCGCCUCGGCCGCAUAGCCCCGCCCCCACCGCCAUCAUGUUCGACAUCUUUGCCAUGCUGCUAUCCUCCGUCGCAUCCUUCCUCUUCCCCAUAUUCGCAUCAUACAAGGCCCUCAAGACGUCCGAUCCGGCGCAGCUUACCCCGUGGCUCAUGUACUGGGUCGUCUUCAGCUGCUGCCUCCUAGUCGAGUCGUGGUUCAACUUUAUCCUCUUCUGGAUCCCCUUCUACGGCUACAUCCGACUCCUCUUCUUCCUCUACCUGAUCUUGCCUCAAACGCAAGGGGCGCGGGUCAUCUACGAAGAAAGGAUCCACCCGUUCCUCGAGGACAAUGAAAACAGUAUCGAUGAGUUCAUCGCCAGCUCCCACAGUCGCCUCAAGGCCGCGGGAAGUACGUAUUUCCGCCAGGCCAUCGAGUAUCUAAAGACCAACAUUCUCGGCCUUCCCCCGACCGAGCAGCCACCCGCCCAGGAGACGCCCGGCCCGCAGGGGUACACGCAAUCCCUUCUCGCUAGGUUUAGCGUGCCGACAACACGAUGGGGAAGCGUGAACACUGGCAACGAGUUCUACAACUUCCUCGCCAACGCCGUCACGGCCGCGGCGGGCGCUGGAAGCGGUUCAGCGGCUCCCGGUGCGUCCCGCUCGGGGUCGCUGAUCCCGCCGAAUCUGCGGGACGAGGCCGAGAAGAUGAAUUAUCUCGCCGCCCAGCGUGAGCGCAUUAAGAUUGCGCUUUCGGCGCUCGAUCGUGAGGAGCAGGAGCUUCAACGUGGUGGUCGCGGCGCGUUCCCUGGCGCGUUCGCGAGCAACGCAGCCGCCGAGGAUGACGAGCCGACGCAGCGUCCGGCCAGCGGCCUGAGCAAGAGCCGCAGUGAGACAGAUUUCGAGAAAGUAGAGGCCGAAAGUGGAACCGAAGACGAAGGGAAUCUUCGUCGCCGACAACCAACGAGCGGGACGUGGAUGCCCUGGGGCUGGGGCGCCAGCCCAGACACGGGUAUGAGCUCUGCGCGGGAAGACUAGGAUCUCCGCAUGAAUUGGAUCAGACGGGAGUUUGGGCGUUUUCCGUAGAGGUGCCAGCGGAUGGUACGUCAUGACUUUUACACGAGGGAGAGGGAGAGCUGCUGUCAUCUCCUCGCGGAGGGCGCGGCGCAGUGCUGCGUAGCUUUUCCUGGCUUCCGACAGUGACACAUAGAAGGAAGCUAUUCUACCUGGUGCCCCAAUAUAUAUAUUAUCUCA